UCUCUGUUUUUUUUGGUUGGGAAAUGGUUGAUAUUAUAUAGGUGCACAUAUUUCUCAUGUACUGUGGAUUUCUCUUUCUCGUGGGUCAAGCUAUGAUGACGUAUAAAACGGCGUAUGCGUCGCACCAAGUGCAGAAGAUGGUUCACGGUGGGCUUCACUUAAUAGGCUUGGUUCUAGGUAUUGUCGGAAUUUGCGCCGCCUUUAGAUUCCACGACAAAAUCAACCUUAGAGACAUGGUCUCUCUUCACUCCUGGAUCGGUCUCACUACUUUCAUCCUCCUCGGUCUACAGUGGCUCUUCGGUGCGUUCACAUUCUUAGCGCCGCAAUCAUCGUCGGGUACUAGGACGAGGAUGAUGCCGUGGCACGUCUUAGGUGGCCGGGCUCUACUUUAUAUGGGUAUUGUCGCAGCACUCACCGGACUCAUGCAAAGAGCAACAACGCUUGGUCAAAGCAGAAACGCUGAGUCACGUCUAAUUAACUUCCUCGGGUUAGCCAUUCUACUCUUCGGCGUCUCCGUCGACUUCUCCGUCACUAUUGGCCGUUACAAUUGAUAUAGUACUACUACUAUAUUAGUCCUACCUUUAAAUAUUGCUUUAUUGUAUUAAUCAACGAGUUCUUGUUUGUUUGUUUUGUUUUCGUGUGUAAAUGUGAUUCGUGUGAUAUCUAAUUUGUCAUGAGAGUGAUUAUUUGGUAUUCAAUUUUUACUUUUUGGAUAUUUUUCUU